AUGUCUCCUUCCCCCUCUCCCGCCCCUCCUGCCGCUUUACAUCCUCACCUCCGGGAUCAUUUGACUGAAAGUCACACCUCUUCCCCAGCUCCGAGCGGGGACGUGGACGAAGAUGUCCGGAUGGAAGGCGAGGAUGAUGAACUCGAGGCGGAGGACAAGGCGGCCGAAGAGCUGCCGCCGAAAGCGGAACCUGUAGCAGAAGUGAAAGCAGAAGACGAAAAGAAAGAGGAGAAAGAAAAGUGUUUGUGGGGAGAUUGUGAAGAUGAGUUUGCGGAUAAGCAAGUGUUUUAUGGUCAUGUCAAAGAUCAUAUCAAUGCCUCGAAGGAGUUUGCUUGUGAAUGGCGUACAUGUGCUCGUGUCGGACAGAAACAGGGCAGGUCGUUACUUCUGACCCAUAUUCGAGGGCAUACGGGCGAGAAGCCGUACACUUGCAACAUUGCAGAUUGCGCCAAAUCCUUUGCCCGUACAGAUGCUCUCAACAAACAUAAACGUACCGUCCACGCCGACCUGCUCAACCCCAACGGUGCGCCCCCCAAACCCGCCAAAGAACCAAAAGAACCCAAAGAACCAAAAGCCAAAGGUCCCGGUAGAGGCAAAGGCAGAAAAUCCCUCGCUGCUGCUGGCUCAGCCUCAUCAUCCAAUGCUCUCCCCGAUGCCACCUCUGCAAACUACCGUGCACGCACACCGCCAACGCUGAUACCAACUCAGUCGAUACCGCCGGGGUUUGCAGCACCAGACUCGGACCUCUGCUACGACUCUGAGCUGUACGAUGUCAUCCCCCGCCUGCGCGCAAGAAGGCGGUUCUUGCCCGAGUCGGAGGAAGAGCUUUACGCUCUGAUGGUGGCGGAAAAGAAGUUUCCGAAACAUCGAAUGUUUCCGGAUUAUUCUCCGGAAGGAGACGGUGGACGGGACAGAGGAGAAGGGUCGGGGCAGGAGGUGAUUGGAAAGAGGAGAAAAACGGUGUUGGAUGAUCUUGUCCCGAACCCUCUGGACGAGCCCGUCAUACCCCCUCGACCUGAUGCCAACCCCCACGCCUCUGCAGAGCUCGACGACAUAUUCCCUCUCACCUCCACCCUCGUCCAGCAAAUCGACGACGCCGAGGACCCCGAGAGCGGUCCAAUACAGGUGCUGAGCAGGUGCCGGUGGCAGGCGAGAUAUGUGCUGGCAAAAGCAAGGCUGAUGCUUUUGGACGAAGAGAAUGGUAUGAGGCAGGGGUAUCUGAGAGAUAUAAUGGAGAUACAGAUGCGAGCUGGGGUGGCAGGACAAAUUAUAGAGGAGAAGCCGGCGAUUUAG